AUGGAGAAAGAUUAUCUUCUGAAUGACUUUGAUCCGUCUCGGAUCAAGGUUGCACAAUUGCGAAGUAUUCUUCGGGAGAACGAUAUUGAGUACCCAUCUGGAGCAAAGAAGAAGGAGCUUGUGGAGAUCUUCACCAAGAACAUCGAUUCCAUCAAAUCCAAAGGUUUGCCACCAAUUGAACCAUCUCCAACGCCUAAUUCUGAUGAAAUUGAAGUAAUUGAUAGUGAACCCGAGGAGAAACCAGCAUCUAAAGAAGCGACCCCAACAAAAAAUACCAGGAAGCCACGCAAGGUAUCCAAAGCCAAAGAAAAUGGGGAAGAGACAAACAAUUUAAAACAUGAAAGUGACCUGAGCGUGGCUUCUGAUGUCUCUGUGUCAGAUAAUGAAAAAAUAACGGACAAUACGCCAGAUGUCACCCAAAAUAGUGACAUAAAGAGCCUCCCGCUGCUGUCAACUAAAAAGAAACUGAAGAAGAGAAAAUCAUCUGCAUUCGAGGAUGAUGAACACUCGAAGGCACCACAAAGGGGAAACAUUUUUCAGGUGGACGUCGAUUCCGACUCCGACACCGUCAUCUUCAGCCCCAAGCCAAAAAAGCUUAAGCCGUCAUCCCCCAAACCUGAAUCACCAAAGCUCAAGGUCAGGAACACUCCUGAUAAACGAAACAGGUCUCAAUCAAAAAGGUCAUCACUUUCUCCAUCAGAGAUAGCCAAAUCAAGCUAUCAAGACGUAAAGAAUAACUUGAACAUCACACCAUCUAAAUCUGCCGGCAUACCCAAAAAAGAGACUGUCCCCAGAAAGCAACCAUUUGUGAAAGAGGAAGUUACGCGUCCUAUUCUUGACCCUGUGCCCGAUUCCACGACGGACGUCUCUCGCGAUGAGACAAACGAUUCUAGCAAAAAAUUAGGGGACUCUUUCAAGGAUGACUUCGAGGAUGACGCUAAGAACUUUGACGCUGCCCUUCUGAAGCUCAAAGGUGAUGUAUCUCACAGCAAGGAGACCGACGGUGGCAGGAAGGAUGAAGAGAUAGCAAAACUCCUUGGUGUUGAUGUUGAGGGUGUUAAAGUAAAGCCCAAGGGAAGGAGAGUUAUCACUCCUCGAAGACCCAUUGUCAUCCUGGAGAGGCGCUUGGCAUCUAACAGAGGAUCUCUACUUGAAGACCUCGAAAAAGAUGUUGUGCCAGUCCCAAGUGACAUACCAAUAGAAAAGGAAACCAUUUCAACCUUGAGUGAUGAAGAAGCCGAUACUGAUAUUGAAGAUGAAGCGGAUGGGCCCAAAGACGUCAUGCCUGAGAAGAAGUCGAGAUCACAUAGUUCAAAGAAGUCAAAGAAAUGGACUACUCUGUUGUACAUUGGGCUUUGGGUCCUGAUACUUGCUUUUGCAAUGUUUGGUUACUGGUAUAGAGAGCAAACCUUUCUCAUCGGUUAUUGCGGUCAUGAAAUUGAUAAGCCGACCAUUCCAAAGGGUUCGGAUACUUCUGCAUUGCUCAAUGUAUUUGGUGACUAUUUGGACAAUAACUUCAAACCCACAUGUGUACCAUGUCCUCAACAUGCGAGAUGUUUUCCGCAUUUGAAGUUGGCAUGUUACGAAGACUUCGUGGAAUACAAACCCUGGUAUUAUGACUACUGGCCAGCAUUCGAUCCCAAAGCUAAAAAAUGUAUUCCUGAUACAAAAAAAGCUGAGAAGGUGGAGCUUAUGAUCGAAGAAGCUCUUGAUUUACUCAGGGCGAGAAACGCAAACAUUCAGUGCGGUCUGACUUCGGUUGACAACUUCGAAGCUGGCAUUGAGAGCAGAGAACUCCAUGAUCUUUUACUCGCACUCAAAGCACCCUACAUAACAGAAGAGGAGUUCGAAGAAUUGUGGAAACGUUCGGUUGUUGAAUUAGAAAAAGAGCCGGAGAUAACGGUUAAGCGAUCUGCUCAUAACCUUCGUGCCCCAGGUGACGAUGCUGACACUGUUGGCGAGGAAGAAAAGCAGGACACGGUUUUUCGAUCAACGUCCUUAUCACACAUCACAUUGAUGUGUCAUUUGUCUAACCAUAUGGUUGACUUGUUAGUCAGCUACAUACCUCAUUUCAUGGUUGUUUUACUAGUUGUCAUCAUGACAUUUGUCAUUCGUGCCAAGCACCGUGAAGCCAGACUUCAAGCACACAGAGUCGAAACACUCUACAAUGAAGUUCUUAGUAAACUCAGAAAACAGGCCAGAAACGCUCGUGAUUCUGAAAAUGUUCCAGCCUACAUUGGCUCUAUACAUCUUCGUGAUUUGAUUCUUAGUAAUGAGAAGAACUCUGCUCGUAAAAUGAGGACUUGGGAAGCGGUCAGCAGGAAAGUGAGCCGCAAUACCAAUGUCAAAGCAUAUCAGCUUGAAUAUCGUGGAGACAUAAUGAAGGUAUGGGAGUGGAUUUCACAUCUCGACUGA